AUGGAGGCCGUUUCCUCAAAUUCCACUAUCUUCACGUCUCCGGACACCUACCUCGGUAUAUACAACGAACUUUCCAAGUACAAUGUUCAUUUGAACAUUUUUGAGCGUCUCUGGGCGAGCUGGUACCAGUAUAUGCAAAACGAUGUCCUCGCCACCGGCAUCCUGAGCUUCGUCAUGCACGAGACUGUCUAUUUCGGUCGAAGUUUGCCUUGGAUUAUCAUCGAUCGAAUUCCUUAUUUCAAGAAGUACAAGAUUCAGGGGCAAAAAAUCCCCACGGUCGCCGAACAAUGGGCAUGCACCAAGCUCGUCCUGCUUAGCCAUUUCACGGUCGAAUUACCUCAGAUAUGGCUCUUCCAUCCAAUGGCGAAGAUGUGCGGCAUGGAGACGGGUGUGCCAUUCCCGGCAUGGACCACAAUGGCCUUCCACAUUGCUAUCUUCUUCGUGGUGGAGGAUACAUGGCAUUACUGGGUACAUCGUGCAAUGCAUUGGGGUCCUCUCUACAAGAACAUUCAUAAGAUUCAUCACCAAUACUCGGCACCAUUCGGUCUCGCGGCGGAAUAUGCUUCUCCUAUCGAAGUUCUUGUGCUCGGCCUUGGAACCGUUGCAGCGCCAAUCGGAUGGGUUCUCAUCACCGGAAACCUUCACAUUCUCACCAUGUAUCUGUGGAUUAUCUUGCGUCUCUUUCAAGCCAUCGACGCCCACAGCGGCUACGAAUUCCCUUGGAGCUUACAUCACUUCCUGCCAUUCUGGGCUGGUGCCGAGCAUCAUGACGUUCACCACGAACGAUUCAUUGGCAACUAUUCGAGCAGCUUCAGAUGGUGGGAUUAUGUUAUGGAUACCGAGUCUGGACCAGAAGCCGCAAAAAAGAGACGCGAGCGCAAGCAAGCCAAGCUUCAGCAGGCGCAAAGAAAGGUACAGUAA